GAAAGCGCCCUGUUGGCCCUGCAGGCAUCCCAGCAUGCUUGUCGACUCAGCGCUACGUCAGCAGUGAUAUCGAAACAUGGCGGUGUCCACAGCACGGCGCCCGGUGGCUAAUACUCCUGUGUUGAUGUUAACUUUUCUCACAACGUUAAUAUUUCACCGCUGUGUCGCCGAAACAGCCACAGGUGCCUCGACGUCAGAAGAGCCUCCACACCGCCGGUUCGAAUACAAAUACAGCUUCAAAGGACCGCACCUGGCUCAGAGCGACGGAAGUAUCCCCUUUUGGAUCCACACUGGAAAUGCUAUUCCCAGUACAGACCAGGUGCGAAUCACGCCAUCUCUCAGGAGUCAGAGGGGUUCUGUGUGGACAAAAAACCGGGUCAGCAUUGAACACUGGGAGGUCGAGGUGACCUUCAGAGUCUCUGGAAGAGGCAGGAUGGGAGCUGACGGUUUGGCUGUGUGGUUCACAACUUCACAAGGUCUUGAUGGUCCAGUUUACGGAGCUGCAGACCAGUGGAAUGGAGUUGGAAUUUUCUUCGACUCUUUUGACAAUGAUGGAAAGAAAAACAACCCAGCUAUUAUUGUUGUGGGAAACAAUGGCAAACUUGUUUAUGACCACCAAAAUGACGGCACCACACAAGCCCUCGGCACAUGUUUACGAGACUUCCGCAACAAACCCUAUCCUGUCAGAGCCAAAAUAACGUACUACAAGAAGACGCUGACGGUCAUGAUCAACAGUGGGUUCACUCCAGACAAGGAGGACUAUGAGCUCUGUACAAAGGUUGACAACAUGAUCAUUCCCAGGGAAGGCUUCUUUGGUAUAUCGGCCGCCACUGGGGGUUUAGCAGAUGACCAUGAUGUUUUGUCCUUCUUAUUAUUCAGACUCACGGAGCCAGGCCAGCACCCGCCCCCACCUGAAUUUGAGAUUCCUAAAGAAGAGAAGGACAAGUACCAGGAGGAAUUUCAGAACUUCCAGCAAGAGCUCGACAAAAAGAAAGAGGAGUUUCAGAAAGAGCACCCGGACGUCCAAGGAGAGCCAGUUGAGGAUGUAUAUGAGAGCGUAAAUGACCGGGAGAUCCGUCAGGUGUUUGAAGGCCAGAACCGGAUCCAUCUGGAGAUAAAACAGCUCCACCGGCAGCUCGCCAUGAUCCUGGACGAGCAGCGCCGAUAUGUGUCCGUUAUCACUGAUGAGAUCGCCAAGACGGGGACGAAUGCCCAGUUAGGACAGGUGGAUCCUACAGGUCAGAUGGGCUCUGUCAUAGCCACGCAGCAGGAAGUACUCAGAAACCUGAAUGAGUUGAGAAAUUCGUUUUAUGAUUCACUGAAACAGAUCGGCUCAGCCCAGCAGCAGGGACAAGCAGGCCCUAUGGGAACAUACGAGGCCGUUCAACACUUCAACGACAUCAAGGAACAUCUGCACACGGUCAAAAGGGACGUGGAGCACCUGGUGCAGCGUAAUGCUCAGAAUCCUGCUGACAAGGCUCUGAAGUGGCCAAAAAACGAGGUGCCUCCCAUGCCUUCUUGCUUAUCCACAGUUCAUUUUGUAAUCUUUAUUGUCAUCCAAUCAGUCCUGUUCUUCUGCUACAUCAUGUACAAAAGUCAACAAGAAGCAGCAGCAAAGAAGUUCUUUUGAUGAAAUGCAAAUUCAGACAGGAAAGCGUGUCCAUUUUUGAUAACUGUUUUGGUUUGAUUAUUUUCAGAUUGUAAGUUAUUGUACUUGAAAAAAAUAAAUUUUGUUGAAGUUUGUUUUAAUUAAUAGCUUAUUUUUAAUUUGAUCAGUAAACUGCAUAUGAAUGCUCAUGUCCUGCAUUUCAAACAUGAUUUAAACAUGUUCCUUACAGUAUUUUUGCUUGGUCAGAUCUGAAAUGUGUCACUGUCCCAUUUCAUGAAAGUGUUUUGAAAUUUGCUAUUUUGUAAGAAAUAAUGGUGAUAAAAACUCAGAGAACAGAUGGCUGCAUUUUUUUGAUCAAUUUUUGACUGACUCUCACGUCAGAAUCUGACAUAUCCUCUACCUGAACAAUUUACAUAAACAGAAAU